AUGCCUCAAGUCUUUCUAACUGGUGCCACUGGCUACAUCGGAGGCGAAAUUCUCCAUGUUCUGCAGCAAGCUAACCCUGAUUAUGAUGUUUCUGUUUUGAUCAGAGACCAAGAAAAGGCCAACAAGGUCUUGGCUGCCUUCCCUCAGGUCCGCGUUGUCCUCGCAGAUCUGGACAAUGUCGACAUAAUCGAGGAAGAAGCACGCAAGGCCAAUGUCGUCAUUCAUGCUGCUAGCAACAAGCAUGUUGCCAGUGUGAAGGCCAUUGCGAAAGGCCUGGAAGGGCGCCAGGAUGGACAUUACAUCCAGGUGACCGGAGCGAGUGUUCUCGCGGGCCCUGAGGUCGAUAACAAUUCAUAUGGCGAGCCUUCGGAUAAGAUUGUUGACGAUUUGGACAACGCCGAAGAGCUCCGCAGCAUCAUUCGCGCUUAUAAGGACCGUCGAGUGGUCGACAACUAUAUCCUCGACCUCGACUCAAGUGGCCCCAAGACUGCUAUUAUCUUCCCUCCCAUCAUCUUCGGUGCCGGCAGAGGCCCUGUGAACCAGCGAAGCAUCCAGAUCCCUUCAUUGGCUCGCUCGGGCCUUCAGCAACAUGCUGGUCUAUACCUCAACAAGGGUCUCAGCAAGUGGGGUGUCAUUCACGUCUCUGACUUGGCCAGCCUCUUUGUUAAGCUUGCUGAACACGCCAUCAAUGCCACUCAGAUUCCAAUCUGGAAUGAGAACGGCCUUUUCUUUGCGGAGAAUGGUUUCGAGAGCUUCAAGGACAUUGCUGGUCUUAUUGCUAAGGAGGCACACAGCCUGGGCUAUAUCGAGUCUGCUGACUCGGUGAAAUCCAUCAACCUCGAGGAGGCCAAUAAAGUCAUCCCCGGCGGAGUGGUGUUCUUGGGUACCAACGGCCAAGGGCGAGCUUCGCGGGCGAAAAAGCUAGUAGGCUGGCAGCCGGAGGGAGUCCCCUUCCCCAAGGCAGUGCGUGAUACCAUUGUCGCCGAAGCGGCGCGUCUGUAA